CAUUUCAUUUCAUAUCGUGGCCCUACUGUAUUGAAAAUGUCAAAUAUGUACUCAAAACAAACAGUCUUUAUUUAAAGUGAUCAAAUGAAAUGGUGAAUAUUAAAGAUAAAUAUGAAAACCCAUCAACCUCGCAGAGUGCUCCAACAACCCCGAGACCUUUGCGUCGAGACCCAUCACUUCCAACGUCUUUACCUACAUACUCAAAGCCAGAUAAACUGCAAGUUGUAUCUCAAGAGAAGCCUAUAUCUAGUAGAAGAAGGGACGCCAGCUUCUGAAGGUGAUCAGCCAAUAAUCUGGUAUAGGCAAGGUAUUGAAGAUGAUUACAAAAAAUACAUUAACGCAAUAGACAGACUUUUAAUCAAGAAUAGAAGGAAAAGGGAGCUCAGUGAUUUAGGGCCUUGUGGCGAAGCUCCUUACGGAUACGGAGACAAACCUUGUGUGAUAAUCAAGAUAAAUAAACAGUUGUAUUGGAAAGGGAAACCAUUGGACACCAAUUCAUCUGAAACGAAAUUGGCACCAAAGCAAGUUCUGAAUUGGAUACAGAGAGACAAGAAACUCUGGAAUUUCUGCGAAGGGGUUACCUCGUUCGACAAAGAACACUUGAGGGAUAUCGAUUACUAUCCAAACCCUCCAGGCAUAGAUCCUGGCAUAUUUCCAAUAGAUUUGCAAAGCGCUUUGCCUGUAGUUGCCAUACAAAUAUCGAAUUUUACUAUAGGUACAUCAUUGGCGAUAGAGUGUAAACUUUGGUACGAAGGAGGUCCUUCAUCUUUUGGGUUUGUAAUAUAUGUUGCUCCAGAUAGUCAAGUAGUUUAUAGGAAGACGAUUGAUAGUGAAACAAAUAGUGGAUGAUGUAAAUAAAUGUUUUUAAUGACUGAA